AUGGAGAUUGUGGCCCAGUUGCAGAGACAGUUUAUCGACUUCUCAAACUCUCUCUAUCGCGAGGGUUUUUUGGAUGAUCAAUUUGUGCAGCUGCAAAAACUCCAAGAUGAGGACAACCCAAGCUUCGUAGUUGAAGUGAUUUCGCUUUUCUUUGAGGAUUCGGAGAAGCUUAUAAAUAAUUUAGGAGUUGCUCUUCAGCAGCCGGUUGUCGAUUUUAAGCAGGUUGAUGCUCAUGUUCACCAGUUCAAAGGUAGCAGUUCAAGCAUUGGUGCACAAAGAGUGAAGAAUACUUGUGUUGUUUUCAGAAACUUUUGUGAGGAGAAAAGCCUCGAUGGGUGUAUGAGGUGUUUGCAGCAAAUAAAACAGGAAUACUUUCUCGUGAAGAGCAAGCUGGAAACUUUGUUCCGUCUCGAGCGGCAAAUUUUGGAAGCCGGCGGGAGAGUUCCUACAAUAGCAUAA